AUGGAGAUCGAAAUUAUUUCCAAAGAGUGCAUCAAGCCCUCUUCUCCAACACCCCCUAACCUGAAAACCUACAAGCUAUCCCUCUUGGACCAGGUCCAUUCAUCCAUCUAUAUUCCUGUGAUCCUCUUCUAUCCCAUGAACCAAAGCAUAAGCCAUGAUGUUGUUGACAUUGUCUCUCAAAGAUCACAGCUGUUAAAGCAAUCCCUAUCAGAAACCCUAACUCGCUUUUACCCACUUGCUGGCAAAGUCAAAGAUGAUCUCUCCAUCGAUUGUAAUGACGAGGGGGUUUUAUAUUUAGAAGCUUAUGCAAACUGUCACCUUGUUGACUACCUCAACCAGCCUAAUCUCGCAUCAUUGCAACAAUUUUUACCGCAACAGAUGACUUUUACAGAUCCAGUUGCGGGAGAUUAUGUAGCUAUGACAAAAGUGACCAGCUUUGCAUGCGGCGGUUUUGCCAUUGGUAUCCUUGUUUGCCACAUGGUCGCUGAUGGAACUGCCUUCAGUGCAUUUCUCAAUGGUUGGGCAGCCACUGCUCGUAAGGCCUCUGAAGCUGUAUGUCCUAAUUUUGAUGCCCCAUCAAUUUUCGUGCAAAGCGAUGCAUUCUCUAAAGAAGCAGCUAUGACUACGUUUGCCAAGGCCUACAAAUCAGAUACCGAGAGGACCAAAGCACUUCCCUUUGUGGUAGUGGUGGAACUUGUGGUUUAUAGGGUGAAUGUGACUCAAGAUCUUCUUGACCUGUCAUGGCUACAAGGAGACCAAUCAGACCAACAUAUAGUUCUUUUUGCUUCUAUGAUUUUAAUGCAAAGGAGAUGCUUGAAUUUAUACUUUAUACUUGCCUAG